AUGCAAAAAUCAUGCCAUAUCUCCACAUUACCUUUGUUCAGGAUGUUUGCUUUUUCUUUAUGUUAUUUGAUGGUUUGUGGCAUACAUUUGAUCUACAGUCAUGCAGAAGCAUGCAGUUAUCCUUACCGUAGAGUUGGAAAGAAUUGUUACCUUAUAAAUCAAGAAAAAGUGACAGCAGAUACUGCAUUCGCACCAUGCAUAAGACAUGGUACGUACUUAGCCAAUUUUGAGACUCUAGAAGAAUUACUGUUGAUGAAAUAUGAAUUGAAGAAAAUGAAUUCUGGUUCUAGUUUUUUCAUUGGUGGACGUAAUGUCAAUAGAUAUAUUUCUGGUGGAGAUUGGAGAUGGAUAAAGCAAGGAAAAAUGACAAAGAUGGCGUAUUUUGACUUUGAUUCAAAUGAACCAAACGGGUCAUUAGCGCUUCCACAAGACUGUGUGUUACUCAAUGCUGGUAGUAGGUAUAAUCUCCGAAGUGAUACCUGUGAUGCCUAUUCCAUAGGUUUCAUCUGCGAAAAAUGAAUACAGUCAACUUCAUUCAAUAAACAAUUUGUGUCUUGA